UCAAAAGGUAAGUAACAACCACCCUUACCACUCAACUCCCCCUUCUUGUGAUGUUUUCCAAUAUAGCAUGUAUUAUCCGACUGUCACUUUGGUGAUGGCCUGCGGAACACUUUUUUUUGGCUGAUCAGAAAAUUUGCUCUUACGACUUGUUGCACUCAUCUUUCAAUCCAGAGUCUAACGAGUCGCAGGAUCUUGCAGUAGACAUCAUGGCGUCUACAAAAGGUUCAGCGGGUCAUUUCACGAUCUUGUACUUUGCGGCGGCCUCGACGUUCACCAGAAAGACUACAGAGCACCUCCCCGCACCGCUCCGCGUGCGCGAUCUGUUCACGAAACUCAAUGAUACAUACCCUGGCAUCAAAGACAAGGUGCUGAGCAGCUGUGCUGUGACCGUCAACCUCGAGUACGUCGAUCUGGACGAUGACGAUGCUUCAGGCGCGGACAAGGAGAUCCAAGCUGGUGAUGAGGUGGCCAUCAUUCCACCUGUUAGCUCAGGAUGAAUCUCAGAGAAUUAACUCAGUGGAGCGAACACACCACCUUGUUACUUCUUAUGCGCUUCGUAAGCGGGGUAGUUGAAGCUGCUUGUGCGUGCAUAGGUGCGACAAUGUGUAGCUCGGGUACAGCCACGCUCGCCUAUGCCCUCGACCUCUAAAUCUGCUGCAUAGAUGGCACGACAAGCAACUCACAGGCCGGAUGAUCUGAUGAUGAAUGAUGAACAAUGUUUGAGCGUUAGAUGAUGUUCCCUCUAAUGUCUAUUCGCAGUAUUCACCUAUGUAGUCUAAGUCUCCACAUACAAUUGAAC